CAUACACACACACAUACACAACUUAUCCCACUAAGUUUACGGGAGAAACGCAGGACUAACUGGGACCGGAAUGGAGCUGUGCUUGACCCGCUUCUGCUGCCUUCUGCUCGGCCUCUCGGCAGGUUUGGUGUCUGGGCUGGAGAUCACGUCUACAGGGCAGACGUCCAUAGAGAAAGCCAGCGGUCAGAGUGUGAAGCUGGACUGUCAAUUCACUUUGGGCCCUGAAGACUCGGGGCCGCUCGAUAUUGAAUGGAGCCUGCUUUCCUCUGACAACCAGAAAGAAGACAUAGUGGUGCUGCUGUACUCAGGUGACAGGGCUUAUGAGGACUACUACCCUCCCAUGAGGGGUCGAGUCCACUUCAACUCACCUGACCCCAAAAAUGGCGAUGCCUCCAUCACCCUGACUGGCCUGAAAUCGUCUGACUCGGGCACCUACCAGUGUAAGGUGAAGAAGGCGCCGGGGAUUCGCAGCAGGAAGAUGCUGCUGAUCGUCAUGGUGAAGCCGUCCAAGCCCAGGUGCUUCGCCGAAGGCCCGACGCAGGAAGGCAAAGAUAUCGUACUGCGCUGCUUAUCGAGCGAAGGCACCAGCCCUCUGCAGUACAGCUGGGAGAAAACCAGCGGCAACAAGCUGCUGCCCGCCACCGCCAUGCUCGAUCCCGUUGGAGGCACCAUUAAUGUCAAGAACGCAUCUGCCAGCGCAUCUGGCACUUACCGCUGCACUUCCAGCAACCGGGUUGGCAUCGAGGAGUGUAUACUGCAGCUUAAUGUGACACCUCCCCCCAACACCGCGGGUAUCAUCGCAGGAGCCAUCAUCGCUGUGCUCCUCAUCCUCAUCAUCAUCGCUAUCAUUCUGUUCUGCUGCUGCCGCGCCCGUCACCGAAAGAAGUACGAGAAGGAAAUCUGCAACGAGAUCAGAGAGGAUGUCCCCCCGCCCAAGAGUCGCGUUUCCACAGCGCGCAGCUUCACCGUGGGCAGCCAGCGCUCAUCCCUGGGCUCCAUGUCGCCAUCCAACCUGCACGAGUACGCCCUCAAACCGCAGUACGACAAGAUCCCGUCGACGGAGGAGUACGACAGGCCCCCGAGCCACGCCCCCCUGCCCCCGCCCACCGCCUCCAGGAUGGGCGGGCCCAACCUGAGCCGCAUGGGGGCCAUCCCGGUCAUGAUCCCGGCCCAGAACAGGGACGGAUCCAUCGUGUAGCCCGUCCCGUUCUCCGGGGACAGAACAGGAGUAAGACACAAGUCAAUGAGGAUGGAGCAGGAGCAGGGAGGGGCCAAUAAGCCCCGCCCUCAGCUCCUCGUAUUUACAAACAGGAGUUUACCCUCUCAUGAAGACCAGGCUCUGUUGUGUUGUACUGGAACCACAACAGAGCACAUGAACCUUUUAUCAACAAUAGAAUUUUACUUUCUGGACUUUCUCACUGAAAUUAGAGCGGAUAUACAGCAGAACGGUCAAUAUACAAAUUAUAUUGUACAUACGUGGAUGCAUGUUUUUUUAAUAGAUGGCCCUUGCUGUAGAGGUAAUGUAUGUCCUAAACAGAUCCAGGCCCAUGAUUGGCCGGCUGUACAGCUGUAUGCAUGCAUUUGUAUAUAAAACUGUGUGUAUGGGAGAUUGGGAAACGUAACGGUCAUUAGUUGUCUUUGGACGCCUACAGCAGUAUGAUUAUUCGUCUCAUCCGGCAGAGUUUUAGUUUUAUAAAUUCAAAAGCUCUCCACGAAUUCAAAGACCCGACUACUUAGGGAAUCUGGAGUCAUCUGGUGUAGAUCCUGUGACUGUUUGAGCUGUAAACGGUCUAUUUAGGUCAGCCGUUGGCCGCCGCCGCGCUCCUCGCCGUUUGAGCGGGCGCUGAAGGCGACCGGAUUGGCUCGCCUCGAAGGGGGAGGCUCAGGCCACCAAAUCUUGUGAUUGGGUGGAUUAUUGCUUCUUGACCGAGCUUAAAACAACAAAAGGCCGGUUUCUACCCCCGUCCCCUCCCCCCUCGGAGGUCUUCCAGGGGUAGAGGACGGAGGAAUAAUGGUGGCAGCUGGACAUCAGGGUUCAGCGAGCAUUCACCUCUGAUUGGGUUUGACUGUCAACCUGAAUGACCACCAGGACGUCACGCUCAUGUUAUUAGCAGGAUGGGAGCACAUGGUCUUAAUUCAUCAUCUGUGGCAUUGUCACCCCCCACCCCCACCCCCCUUCCAAAGAUGAAGCAUAUGUCAACAAGAAGCUUAUAUUUAGAUCAGGGGAGUCCAACUCAUUUUAGUUCAGGUUCCACAUUCGGCCCAAUAUGAUCUCAAAUGGGCCGGACCAGUAAAAUAAUAACAUCACCUAAAAAUAUUGACAACUCCACACUUUUCUGUAUGU